UAUAAAUGGAUUCUCAUGGAGGACAUUAUGACUAACAAAUUCAAAUUACAACAUCAUUUGUAUCUUUGUUUCGGUUCUACAAAAACAAAAUGGCUUUCAGGGCAGCGAAAAAUGUGCGAUUGAUCACACAGCUGGCUCAGUUUGGAUCAGGAAGGCGAUCAUUUACUUCUCCCACCCUUCCAAAGUUGAAGCCUAUGUCCACAACCAUAGAUGCUGCUAACCAUACUCACAGGAUGACACUGAAGGCAGAGCUUGCACCAGUGUACAUAGUGUGUGGAAUGGUGGGUGUAGCUGUGGCAAUUGGAUCACACACUGCGUUUCAACAACUGGCACGUUCUCCAACUGUUCAUAUCAACAAGAAAAGAAGAGAAUCAAUGCCAGAGGUGUCUGAUCCUGAUCGCACCAUCAACUCUGCUAGCAAAUUCAUUGAUGGUUCUUUCUUAAGGAAGAUGUCUCAAAUUCAGGAAACCAAUCCCACACUCCACGAUCCUGUCCACCCUAAUCCUUUCACCCGUCCUAGAACCGCGGAGACAUUGAAGACAGUGGGCAUUGAGCCUAGCACCAGCAGGCGUUGAAAUGCUUUUCCGUUAUCAAAAGUGGUGGUUGAUUGAGUGGUGCUUCCAUCUUUAAUUUUCAGUAUUUGAAAACGUAAGAUGAGAAGGUGUGGAGAUAUAUAUAAUAUAUAAUAUAUAAUAUAUAGUAUUUUUGUAAUUUUGCAUUUGAGUAAGGUUUGUAAAUAAGGCGUGCAAUCCUUCAGUUCAUCACUCUUGGCUGAGACUUAGAAGAAAAAUGAGACGCUGCUUGAGUUCUCUUUAUCUUCUAGCGGCUUUGUGUAUUAAUUGUGUCGUGUAUAUAUCUAUAAUAUAUAUAUGUAAAUAACUUCUUAAAUAAAUUAAAGCCACCACAGCAUUUGUAAAUUCAACC